UAUUCAAGCUUUGUUCUGUGUGAAUAUAAAAAUCUUGAAUCUUAUUGAUAAUUGUUUACUGUGACAAAAUAGUGUAUAUGUUUAAAAAAAGGUCAAUAAUUUAGAGACGCUUUGUGUCAUAGGUUUAUCAAAAGAAAUUGUCGAACCAAGUUCCAGCUUCCCACUAAAUAUCCUCAUGGAGAAUGUAUCAUCAAUCAUCAUUAUAUUACUGAUAGUAUCCCUCUUUGUUCAUUGUCAAGGGGAAAAAAAUAUAUUAAAUUCUACAAAACCAGCGUUAGAUGGCGUUGUUUACAGUAAUGUGAGUCAUAUAAGUGAAACUGAAGAGUCAAAAGCAAUUAUAAUUCGUUCCCUUCGCGUAGCAAAUGAAUGUGAAAUUGUUGUAAAAAACAGAAGUGCCUAUAUAUUUCAACAGGUACUGAAAAAACAUAGACCCCACUUUGUUCAGUUUCAUAUUGUAUUACAGAAUGUUGAAGUAAACAAAACCAAGGACGUGUUUCAACCUGGCAGAUGGUACUGGACUUUUGGAUUAAUGUCCAAGCCAUAUCAAUUUCCAUCAUGGGAAUUAAGUUAUGAUCUUUAUUCGUUUGGACUGUUGGAUUUUAAAACAGCACUUGUACCAUACAUUUUCAUGAAGGUGUAUGGGGAAUGCAACUUGACAUUGGGAACGGAAGAAACAUCCAAACUUAUCACGGAAGCUUUAAGUCCACUCGUCAAUAUCGACAGCGCGUCUAAACUUCCAAGAGAAUAUCAGGAAAACUAUUUUUGUUAUCUUUCAGUCGACGAAAACAUUCGCAAUACUUUAGCUUACUCGGCGUCGAUUUACCUCCUAUUCCCUAUCAUAUAUAUCAACUACAAAUGUUGUUUCCUGCAGUACAAUUUCAGGGACGAAAGGUUUGACGACAAUUGUUCUAAAGACAUAAGGCAUAUACAAUGGACGCAUUUAAAAACUUUCAACAUAAUUCUUUGCAUUUUAAUAAUCGCAUUUUGUCCAAUACCUCUUUUCAAAUUAUUAGCUUGGCUAGGAGAAAAGGAUAGUACAAAAGAAAUACCAAUGACCGACGUAGGACAUGACCAAGAAGAAUGGAUAUAUGCAAACGGAGAGCAUCCUCUUACAUUUUUGAUGUUAUAAGCUUUCAUGGGAUUGGUAUCGACAAACAAUGGCCAGUGUUAAUUUCAAGAAUCAGAAGAUUCUUUUGUCUCAUAUUGGCACCUUUGAUAAUUUAUAUUCAGCUGUAUAUGAAUAUCGGCGGUAUUGGUGUUUGGACGAAAGGUGAUAAAAUAACUACCAAAGAUUUUGUAGACGUAGGAACACCUGUAGGUUUUCUGGCACUUCUUGGUGAUGCAAGCAAUAGACAUAAAGUUUUCGUCCCGGCAUUAGGGGGACCAGUUGGCAUCACUUCUCUUUAUUUUGUUCUUGGUUUUUUCUUUUUAGUUUUACCUAGAUGUCUUAAAAAUGUUGUAAACAAUGGUUUGCCAGUUUCGUAUAUUUUUUGUGAAAACCCAAGUGUCAAUAAUGACGAAGGAAGGCAGUGUCCCAGCUGCAGAAAUAUACAGUCGCCCCUUUUAUUCGGAGCAAAUGAUAUCAUUAACCUGUCACAGAUCAAUGUUGACCCCGCUGAUUUGAAACCUGGAUACACAAAAAGUGGUACUCUGAUGAGAUGUAAUUUCUAUAUGUUAUUUUCAAUGAAAUUCUGGCGUUUAGUCUGGCGAAUACAAAUAACAAGGGCUUGUUUCAUCUGUGACCGAAUGCCAAUGCUUCUGUUCUUUCUCAGUGUUGUUUGUAUACCUUUAUAUAUUGUGAUUUGUCUCUUAGAAAUUUUGAUAUGUCUUUUAUAUUUUGGAGUACCGUUUUUCUUUUUCUUAAUUGUUUUGAUAAGAGCGGCUAUGAAUAUGAUACCAGAUUUGAGGAAAAAAUAUACAAUGUUUUCGUACAUAUUUAGUUUUCGUUUCAUAAGGUGCCUCUGUAACUUUAUUUUAUUCAUAUCUAUUUUGGCAUUUGCUUAUUGUAAUUACUUGUUGAUAGUUGCAAGCCUAAGAUUUAUCUCUAAAGUAAUAACAUACUGUUUUAUUGCUGUCGUUAUUUUCCCUUCGGUUUCUUUUGGAAAUAUUUUCCUUUUUGUCGUUAUUGUAUAUUACAUAAUACGCCAACUAAAACUGUUUAGUUAUAAUUAUACAUCAAUUCUUCUUUCUGCAGUCACAAUAUCAAAACGGAUCAAUAAAACACAAAAUCACGUGACAUGCUUCAAUGGUCAUUUGACUGUUUCAAACGUUAUGCUUAACGAACUAAUGGGAAUAGAAAUCAAUGGACGGUUUUUGGAAACUUCUCAAAAUAUCGCCUUGUCUAACACAAGAGAAAAUGUUAUUGAAAUGAAAAUAGCGGAACAUAGCUAUGGUAUACCAAAUGAGCUUUUUCAAUUGCUUAUUCGUAAAUAUCGCCCGGUGCAUAAAUAUGUUCUGUCUUUGCUAUUAAGAGUUUCCGUUUUAAUAUUCUGGGUACUCCUUUUCCUAAUUAUAACACACAAUUAUAGUUUAGUACCCGAUGACCAAAUAGCAGAAGUACUUCACGUGAUAUUCAUCAUUGCUGUUGGCGCAUUGCCAAAGCUCAUAUAAUCUAAUCU